CGUUUUAUAGAUUUUAUGUCUAGUAAUAUAUUUUAUUCUGUUUCCAAAUGACUGUAUACAAAUUGUUCAUUGUUUGUUGUAACUAAGCACCUCGUAGCUCAAAACUAUUUAAUUUUGUACGUGUUCGGUUGGCGCUUAAAAUGCAAAUGAACACAUGCGCUAGCGCAGCUCGCAGCCGGUGAAUCAUCGUGUGCAGUGCGCAUGUUCUAACCAAUGUUUUGGACACAAAUAUUUGCUUUUAUAUAAAAGGAAUGUCGUGGUUUUUGGAAGUCAUAAUCGUUAGGAAGCAAACAUGGCGUAUUGCAAACUCAACGUAGAGUCAUUAUAUGUAAAAUCAUUUUAUGUAAUCGAAAACUACCUCUUUGGACAUGUAUCCAUAUGUGUUCAAACAUCAAAACAACACAGGAGCUCAACAACCAUUUCAGAAAUAAAAUAUGAACGCAACAAUUUAAUUAAAAAGAAGUCGCACCAAUCGAUGCACGUCCGUCACUAAUGCUCGACUGCAUAUUUAUAUUAUAAUCAUAAAUAAGGUAACCACAAAAGAUUAGACCGUAUCUACGUUAAAGUUGGUGUUCGUAAAACGCUCGUCUUGUGGAAACGUGAUUUGUUUGAAUGUCAAAUGAGUCAUAAAUAUGUUUCUCGGACACGAGGCAAGCCCUCUCCAUGUCUAUACAGUCUGUGUGUUUAACCGACAGUUUCAUAUAUAUUAAAUAUAAUGUUGGUAUUUCGUUAGUUAAUAAUUUCGUGUGAUUGCCUAACAGCUAUCGGGAUGACAAACCGAUUGGAUGAUUGAUUGGUAUUGAAAUCAACCCCCAAUUUUCCUUUACUGUAUUCUACAAAUACAAUAAAACUUAUUCGUUAAAUUAUAUACCUCGCUCGGAGUUGUCCGGUAUUUUGUCCAAUAUUCUGUCUCAAUUAAGCCCAGUUCUACUGUUAACACCAAAAAAAGAGUAACAUCAAGACAUUUAGACAUUUUUACAAGAGCGAAUAUACUUAGCCUUGAUGAGCCCAUAACUUGACCAAAUACAUUGUGUUAAAGAAGCUAAAAAACAACGGAAACUAUUCCCAAAAAGCCGGUUCCGAGCCUGUUCAGACACCAUCUGCCGUUCCAAUAAAAAAUAAAACUGCCUUUGCCGAAUUUUGUUAGUGCCUCACAAAACCUUAUGAAACGCUGAUGAAUGUUUAAAUUAUUAAAGGAUUUCAUUCUAAAGGCUCUACAAAGUCAAAAUAUGUCACUUGGGACAUCUUAAACAUAAAAUAAAUUAACAAAUUAAUUUUAGACAUUAAUCAAAAUUCGUCAAAUACAACAAUUUCAUAGUUGUUAUCUUCUGUAUCACGUGCGGAGUUUUCUUUCUGGCACCCCCUUUGCCCCACCGAAUGCUGAUAACCAAGCGGAGCGGCGCAGGCGCAGCGCUGCCACCUCAGUCUCCUCCCAGCCACCGCGCGGAGCGGACGUAUCGCCCCCUAUCGUUUUACAAACAAUUAAAAUCUCAGUGAUGUGACAAGUUAACGUGAAAUGUGUUUGUGAUAGUGAUUAAUUGUUUCAAACUGAUUAUUACUUCAGUUUGGCUAAUGUGAUAUAAGGUGGAGUUUUUAUCUGUGCACGGAUCAAGCCGAUACCGUUGCGUCGCGCUUCGGUGAUUCGGUUAAUAACUCGUGGAUCUACAGUGCUUGUGUUAUAGUGGCUUUGCUAAGAUUUAACGCCGUGAAAAGAUUUUUACAUACCUUCAUACAAAAUUAUAAAUAGUACUUAAAGUGAUACAGUAACUGUGAUAGACGUAACUUUUAGUAUGCACUAAAAACCUAGUGAUAAUACCAGUGAAAUGACCUCAGUCUAAAAUGGAGAGGAAAUUAACACGAGAAGAUUUCAUGCGAAAGAGCUUCAGGGCACCGAGGGUGUCUCCCGCCCCGGAAGGCCAGGAACCUGCUGUGAACGGGGCACCACCACCCUCACCGGUGUCCCUAGCCAUGCUUGAGAGAACUUCGCAAGCACAGCGAACACAAUACGAAGUAACAUCUUCAGGGAUAGCUCCGAAGCGACUCGAAAUUAACCGAGCUCAUCCCAUCCAUCUCAAAUCGUUCCAAGCCCCGGAACCACCCGAUGAUGCCGCGCCCUUGCCUCCGUCCGACGACGUUUUGCGUAAGCUUGAAAGACAAAUCGGUGAAAUGGAAAGAGGCCUGGAGCGAGCCCAAAAUGGCACAGUCGCAGUCGACGAAAGAGUCCGAUACGCCGAACACGAGAAUCUGUUACGUACAGGAGUCUCGUCUGUAGGCGGCGGAGGGUAUCUCCCAGCGGAUUCCGAUACAGAGCACGAUGUGGUGCCCUUCAACAGGAACGAGAGUACUCGAAGCAGUACUGGAGGUACCGCUCCAGUAGCACGGCCCGCCACACGAUUAGCGAGAACGAAUUCCGAUACCCAACAGUCUGUUGCUGCUACAGCCAGGCUUAUGAGAAAACUGGCUGAUGGCGGUAACAAAGAAGAGAAGACUAAAGUUAUCUCGAGAAAGGCGAUACAAGCAAGAAUGGAGAGGGUCAAAAAUUCUGUGACCGGGAAACAUGAGCACAGAGUCUUGGCUGAACACAGGGUGGACCCACCGUCCCCGAGAGCACCCACAUCUCCCAUUACACUUAGAUCUUCUCAGAGUGCUUCGGAGUCGUCGGCGGGCGCGGGCGGCGGGGGCACGUCGGGCGGCAGCGCCCGAGUCUCGUCGCGCUCGCGGACCUCCGAGGAACCUCACAUUGGAAAGUACAAGCUUCUAAAGACAAUCGGUAAGGGCAACUUCGCUAAGGUGAAGCUAGCGAAACAUGUGCCCACCGGCAAGGAGGUCGCCAUCAAGAUCAUAGACAAGACACAACUCAAUCCCGGCUCGCUGCAGAAGUUGUUCAGAGAGGUCCGGAUAAUGAAGAUGUUAGAUCAUCCAAACAUCGUGAAACUGUUCCAAGUCAUUGAGACUGAGAAGACGCUCUACCUCGUAAUGGAGUACGCGUCAGGUGGCGAGGUGUUCGAUUACCUGGUCCUACACGGGCGCAUGAAGGAGAAGGAGGCGCGCGCCAAGUUCCGACAAAUUGUAUCCGCUGUCCAGUACUGUCAUCAGAAGAGGAUCAUACACAGGGAUCUCAAGGCGGAGAAUCUCCUGUUGGACGGCGAGAUGAACAUCAAAAUAGCGGACUUCGGUUUCUCCAACGAGUUCACUCCGGGCGCCAAGCUCGACACCUUCUGCGGCAGCCCGCCGUACGCCGCGCCUGAGCUCUUCCAAGGCAAGAAGUACGACGGCCCCGAGGUGGACGUGUGGUCGCUGGGCGUGAUCCUGUACACGCUGGUGUCGGGCUCGCUGCCCUUCGACGGGUCCACGCUGCGCGAGCUGCGCGAGCGGGUGCUGCGCGGCAAGUACAGAAUACCGUUCUACAUGUCGACGGACUGCGAGAACCUGCUGAAGAAGUUCCUGGUCCUGAACCCGGCGAAGCGCGCGUCGCUGGAGAGCAUCAUGCGCGACAAGUGGAUGAACACCGGGUACGAGGACGACGAGCUCAGGCCCUACGUAGAGCCGCAGCAAGACUUCAAGGACCAUAAGCGGAUAGGUGAGGAUGUUAUAGAGGCGCUAGUCUGCUUGGGCUACAAUCGCCAAGAGAUUGAAUACUCGCUCGCCGAGGCGAAGUACGACGAUGUGUUCGCCACGUAUCUACUGCUCGGCAGGAAAAGUACCGAUCCGGAGUCAGACGGCAGCCGCUCGGGCUCGUCGCUGUCGCUGCGCACGGCCGCCGCCGGACAGAACCAGCAGCCCGCGCCCGCCAACGCGCACUCAGUGGGCACCACCACGACGGCUGCGAACAACACCACAUCCACAGCUACCACGACGACGUCCAAUUUCAAAAGACAGAACACAAUUGACUCAGCGUCAAUCAAAGAGAACACGGCGCGGAUUGCUCAAAUGCAGGUACGACAGGUGGCGAGCGCGCGGCCGAGCAGCGCGCAGCCCAAGCUGGAGCCGCGCUCGCGCACGCUGGCGGGCGGCGCGCGCCGCACCAUGACCUACGACGCGCCCGCGCAGCCGCCCAAGCAGGACCCGCCGCACGACGCGCCCAGCAGCCUGAACUCGCAAGUGUCGUCGGCGGCGGCGCCGGGCGCGCGGCGCGAGUUCCCCAACCCGCUCGUGUUCCCCAGGAACGUGCCCAGCCGGUCAACCUUCCACUCAGGUCAGACGCGGUCGCGCGGGUCCAGCGGCGGCGCGUACGGUGACGGCGGCUCGCCGCACCAGGCGCGGCCCUCCUUCUUCUCCAAGCUGUCCUCGCGCUUCUCCAAACGGUUGAAUCAGAAUCCAUGAAGCGCCGGCGACGGCGGACGUGCGAGGAAGAUAUAAUUAAUUAAUUAAAUAUUAUUAAUAAAUCAUAGGGAAUUGUAUACAGUACGGGCUCGUCGUCGAUUUUAAAAAUAUUUUUAUUGAUCGACCGAGUCUUUAACAAAAAUGUUCAGUGUAUUAAAAUGUUAUUUACACAGGGAAGAGAAUUAUAAAAUACGAGACUGAAAAGGAUUUAUCGAAACAAUUACAUUUGCUUGUUUAUUUUCUUUAUUUGACAUAAAUUAUAACCAUUAAAAAUAAAUACUCACAUAUAGUUAUGUUUGACACUGAAUUGAAGAGAUUUAAAAAUUGAAUAAUUUGAACAAGAUUUUUAAUACACUGAAUGUAUUAUAACAUGAUGUUGUUCAUAAGUGUUAAUCUUUUUUUUUAUAAUUGGCGUAACUUUCGAAGAUCCAUUUUUAGUUUACAUACAAUUAAAGAAAUUCGAUUUGUAAUCAUUAUUGUCAUUAUAAAGAAAAUCGCGGCGACAUCCGUCUGCAUGUUAUUUUAUUGAAAUUAAUAGCUUUCUCAAUAUUUUUAAAAGUGUAUUCCUUUAGUGCGAGCCUCUCGUACAUGAUUAGCUAAUGGUACACUCGAUGUAAGAAGUGUUACGAAUAAUGUUUCAUUUAAUUAUAUUAUUUUCUUAAAAUAAUAUGUAGCGGACAACUAGUCCCGUCGCGACUCGCAUUUUAUCACUAGCUCAUAAGAAGUAUAGAGUUCUAUUUUCGAGCGAAUUUUCAACAUUCCAGGGUUCCGUAUGUAUUUUAUAUUUAAGUUCACAAAAAAGCACAAAUCUUGUUUUUUGUUUUUCGUUUUUUUUUUCUACAUAUAUUGUAUUUGUUUAUAAUUUGUAAUAUUUUAUCAAAAUUCUGAACUCUGCCUAAAUCGUUAAAAAUGUCAUCGACUGAAAUAAUAUUUUGUAUAUUUGUAUUGCAUAUUAUACUUAUGUAUAAGUAAAAGUUUCUGUACAGAAAAAAUCUCCUCGUUGAGUUUUUUUAAUGUGGACCAUUUUAUAAAGGUGUACCUCUAGAUAAAUUUCUAAAAUCUUUAAUUAUAGUUUAUUAGAUAGAACGAUUUCCGAUUGUAUAUCGAGUUUUUGCUUUCCCAGUUAUUUUGCCACAAAUUAAAAAAUAUUUCGUUUCACGAAUGUACCUUAUACUCCGUACCUAUCUUAAGAAAUCUAUCUGAAACUCACUGUUAUGGUCCACAAGCAAAUUAUGAUUAUAUUUAAGGCGUGAGUGAGAUAAUUAUCGAUAUAAACAUACAUGCAUAUAAAUAGUAUUUUUUUAGCGAAUAAGAUUCAGGCGAACCUAUGGCUUUGGUACAAAUACUCAGUAGAUGUUACCACAUAAACGGACUGACACGUUUAGGCAUCUGUAUUUUAAUAAAAACAAAUUAAUUAAGGGCCAAAACAUAAGAUAUUUUUGUCCUCGACUGUACCCUAUAGUGUUAGAUAUGUGCCCGUGUUAUUUUUUAAAAAACAUUACCUAUACAAGGUGUCCUGAAAAUCAGUUUCAUUAACUUCAAACUUUUAUUUUGUAACUCCAUUUUCCAUGCUAUGUUAACCUUUUGCCAAAAUCUGCCAAUGAAAUGGUUAUUCUUUAAUGACUUUAACUAAAUGAACAUAUUUUAAAGCAUUAUUCUUCAUAAACAGUCUUCCAUCACUUUUGUAUUUGAAAAAAAUAUAAAAUCGUUUUAAUGGAAAGUACAUAAACAUCAAAAGCCAUUUUCAAAUCACGCGCCUUGUAUAAACAACAUAGUUUUGAUACCGCACUUUCUAAAUGUCCAAAUAAACUAAUGUUAAUAAAUAAUUCUAUAAAAGAUACAUCCUGUAUAAUGUCACGUCGGUCAUUCACGUUCACUUCGACUCAUUAGUACGUUAAUCGUAGGGUUUUUAAAUAAAUUGUACAUACGUGUUGUGCGGGCAACCGCAUUUUCUAAUACUUUUCUAUCGUUCUUGGAAAGUCCAUUAUAUCGUAAAUGUAAGCGUAUUUUAACAAUUCUUUUCGUUUUAUUAGCAAUCAUAUAUUGGGGUUACUCUGAGUAUUUAAACGUUUUACACUAUAUAAUAUUCGUCUAUAUAGUUGUGAAGCGUUAGGUCUAGGAAAAUUGACGUUUUUUUUUGUGUUGACGGUACAUUUGAAUUUGUGUUUUUUUUUCUGUAUCUAAAGAAGGAUCUUAUAGGAAAUGUAUUCAUACGAAAUUUCUCUAAAAAGCUCUUAAAGGUGGCUAAAACUGUAGCUAGUAUUUUUACUAGUCUUUUCAAUAAAAUUAUUUUAUGUAUUUACAUUGUAAUUUAAUUCAUUUUUGUGAUAGAAAUCGUCCGUUUGUCUUAUGGGUAAAUAACCAAGCAAAAAUGAAUUUUAUUAUGUUUGUAAUAUGACCGUAUAUUCAGUAUUUCUCAGUUUUAACUUAGAUAGAUUACUGAACAAAUUUCAAUGGUCAUAUUAUGUGGUUUUAAAACCAUGAUGUUGUGCUAAACUAAUGACUGGAUUACGCCAUCUAUGUUUGCUUUAGAGAACUAUUAUGGAUUUAAGAUUUGAUAAUAUGGCUACAGGUCAAUACUUAGGUGCUUAUACGAAUGACCCAAAGCUUCAUUACGUAUCUAGCAAAAAGUAAAGUAGCUGCAGAACUGUACAAUAAUUGUCAGCGAAAGUAUAAUUCAUUUGACUGCAAUUGUUGUACAAGUUUUGUUUUCUUUAUAUUGCUUUCAUUUUGCGAGAUAUGUAAUGAAAGCGCCGGUAACGAAACAUGUUUUAUUUCUGUUAUACAUAUACUCAAAUUGGAUGAGACAAGCAAAAUGUAAUGCUCAAAAAUAAUAGUAAAAUGUCUGCAAAUGUUAUGACCGUAACGCUAACUAUGAACUCGACGCAAGACGUAUUGCACUGUGUAAGAGAGAGGCUCACAGUAUAGUGCGCUAUCCCGCUCCCACGAUGUCAAGUCUUGCUUUAUGAGUUCCCGAUCUUCUUUGAGGUAAUUUUACUUAUUUCUGUUAACUUGUGAUUUGUAAGUUUGUAUUAUGACAAUUUAGUAAUAUUUUGAAAUAUACUGACCAGUGGUUUUAUACGUGCUCGAAAAUCUAUAACUGCCAUUAUUAAAUAACAAGAAGUUAAGCAAAUACUUAUGUGUCGCUUGUACAGAAACAGUAAAAAUAUUUUUGAGCGUUCCAUUUUAAAUAUUUUGACAUAUUAUUUAAAAGAUAAAUAUUAUUCGGUAUAAUAAUAUAUUAUGAAACAAUCUAUAAUUUGACGCACAUAAAUAGUGCAUUAUUUUUUUCUGUGAGCAUUUUUUUUUAACUUUAAGCAAUAUCAUUAUUCUGUAACUGUUACACAAUUUAGGAACAAUGCAAUACAUUCUAACUUAGUUCGCUAAGCGUAGUUAGAUAUUUAAUUUUAAUAAUUUACAGCCGAGAUUCUUUUUUUGUCUAUUUUUCAUCCUUUCCUGCGUUUUCAGUCUAAAUGUUUCUCUGAAGUGUGUUUAGAAAUUUAAAUACACUGGGAAAUGAGCACGACAAAUGAUAAUUAUUAGAAAAACAUAUAAUUAUAUAGUUUACGUAUUUUAAUGAUUGAGUACUAUAAUAUGUGCUCUUCGUCUGUUUGUACACAAGGACACAAGUUUCAAUUAUCCGAUUUUAGUCUACAACUGCAAAAAGCUCUGCUUUGGAGAUUAAAGUCGUCAGGUAUCGUAGACUUGUGUUACCUCGUGUACGAUCAGGCUUAUUAUGAUUAAAAUUAUUUUUAAUAUUUUUUUAGAGCUUUGCUCACCCUAUAGGGGCUCUAGUGAGGGAUUGUAUAAAUAUUUUAUCAGCCGUCCAUAUUUUAUUUUCGCUUUACUUUCCCAGUACAUUUAAAUUUAAAAGAAAUGAUUAAUUAAUUGGAAUAUUAAUACAUAGUCUUCUGAAAUCAUGGGCAUUGUUAUUAAGAUGCAUUUAUAUGAUGUAAUCUUAAGUAAUUCCAGUGACUGUUGGUGAACUAAAACAUUUUUUAGUAAAAUUUAGAUGAAAAUUAAAUGUAAAAAUGUAUUUGUAUGUCGCCAGCCAUUGGGAACUUUGCUAAUUAAGAGAUAUAAGUUGACCUAUGUAUAUUGAAGUAUGAAUACCUAUUUUGUUUUGACAAUACGCAAUAAAUGGAUGUGUUACGCUUCUCCAAAUAAUCAAGUUUUUAAUAAC